AAACACUAUUUAAUUGAAUGCGCAUGAAAUUAAACUUUUUGUAACAAUCGAUUAUAUUUCAUCGACAUAUCGAUAUAAAUAUCAUCGCAAAGACAGAAAUAUUUAUCGAUGGAUAUCUUACAUCACUACUAGAAUCACGUUGUCGCGAGUGGGUUUGAAAAAGCUCAUUUAAUAAAUUGUUUUCUUUCCGAUAUUUCGUGAGUUAAUUGUGACAAAAUUACGUUUUGAGUGUCUGUCAGCAGUAUCAGUGCGUAUAACAGAUCGAAAUGUCGUGGUUAUUGGGUAGAAAUCGUCAGCAGCCAACAGAGUUCAGUGGGGCAGAUGGAGCCGAUCCAGAGGGCAAAACUGCCGGUGAGCGUGGAGGCGACACACAGCUGACCAAGGCCGAGCGUAAGGCUAUGGAAGCGUACAGGUUUGAUUCCUCAGCGUUGGAGCGUGCCGCAGACGCAGCGAAGACCCUAGAGCGUUCAAAACAUGCGCGGGAGGCACUGGAAUUGUCGAAAAUGCAGGAGAGCACGAGACAACAGGAGUACAACACUAAGGUCAAGGAGUACGAGGCGCAUAUUGAACAAGCGAAGGUGGAGCAGAAGCGCAUCGAUCACGAAGAGCGGCGCAAGACUCUUAUCGAAGAGACGAAACAGCAGCAACAACGCGCCCAAUACCAAGAUCAACUGUCGCGUAAACGCUACGAAGAUCAACUGGUGCAACAACAGCGUGUCCAAGAGGAUAAUUUGCGUAAACAGGAGGAAAGCGUACAGCGUCAGGAGGCGAUGCGUCGCCAGACCAUUGAGCAUGAAAUCGAAAUGAAGGAGAAGAACCGUCUAAAACUCUUAGAACAUGAGCUGCGAGCUAAAGCUCGUGUGGAUCGCGAAAAUCGGGAUAUUAAUCUGGAAAAAAUUCGCCUCAAGGCGGAGGAGCAUCGUACCACUGUCCUGGAGGGCAUACGAACUGCUGGUUCAGUGAUUGGUGCUGGUGCCGAAGCCAUGUUAACUGACUGGGAUAAGGUUUUGACUGCUGCUGGGGGCUUGUCUUUGCUGGCAUUGGGCGUGUACAGUGCCAAGGGCGCAACAGGCGUUGUUUCGCGUUACAUCGAGGCAAGGAUUGGAAAACCAACGCUGGUGGGCGAAACGUCACGAUUUGCGUUCUUGGAUGCACUUAAGCAUCCAUUAAACUAUAUAAAACGAUUGCGCGCCAAGCCCGCAGAUGCACUUCAAGGCGUUGUCCUGAAUCCAAAACUUGAGGAAAGAUUGCGUGACAUUGCGAUUGCAACCAAAAAUACGCGUAUCAAUCGGGGACUUUAUCGCAAUGUGUUAAUGCAUGGACCACCCGGCACGGGUAAAACGAUGUUUGCGAAAAAGCUGGCCGAGCAUUCGGGUAUGGACUUUGCCAUUAUGACUGGCGGUGAUGUGGCGCCCAUGGGGAAGGAAGGUGUUACGGCCAUUCACAAAGUGUUUGACUGGUCGCACACCUCGCGGCGUGGUUUGUUACUGUUUGUGGACGAGGCAGACGCAUUUCUGCGAAAGCGGUCAUCGGAAAAGAUUUCAGAAGAUUUGCGAGCUGCACUGAAUGCUUUCCUAUACCGGACAUCCGAACAGAAUCCCAAGUUUAUGCUUGUUUUAGCCUCAAAUACACCCGAACAAUUUGAUUAUGCUAUCAAUGAUCGUUUGGAUGAGAUGGUUGAGUUCACUUUACCCGGCAUUGAGGAACGUGAGCGCCUAUUACGUCUGUACUUUGAUAAAUAUGUGCUGCAGCCAGCAGCAUCUGGCGCAAAGCGUUUUAAACUGGACACCUUCGACUAUGGCAAUACGUGCACUAAAAUGGCAGCUCUAUGCGAAGGCAUGUCUGGACGCGAAAUAUCCAAAUUGGGUGUCUCAUGGCAGGCAGCUGUUUAUGCUUCCGAAGAUGGCUUGCUUACUGAAAAAAUGGUGCUGGCCAGAUGUUAUGAUGCUGCCCAGCAGCAUAAACAGAAGAUGGCGUGGUUGUCAGACCAGGAGCGUGCCGAUCACAAAUCAAUCACGGGCGCAGAAGGCCUAAAACCACCACUAACGCUCAGUUCCCAUAACUUGUGAGUUGGACCUACGGAAUCUAUCUGUUGAUAAGCAUUCAAAAUUUGUUUAGAUUUAAUCGAACUAAUGUUAAGUAAAACGCGCAAAACCUUUUCUGAUCAA